AUGGUGCAAGGUCACACUGAUCGAGCCAAUACCAAGUGCUUGAUCCAUGGCAAUGGUGGCCGUGACACGACGCAAUCGUUACCAAUGCGAUUAUUCAAGAGCUCUUCCAUCGUGGACAUGGUUUGGUGGUCAAUGUCUGUCAUUUGUCUGAGAGUUGCUUGUCUUUGCUCGCCGGAGACAGCAGACCCUUCAAGACAAGCUGUUGUUGCAUGGCAGCAGCAACAACAGCAGCAGCAGCAGCAGCAGCAGUCAUGCAUGAGCGCGUUCAUAAGUAAUUCAUCACUGGGCCUGGCCCACCUUUGCCCUACGCCGCAACCUGAGCUGCCUCCUACGCACGCUGCCAUGUACAGCAGUCACGCCUCGCAGACGGAAGAGCAUCGCAGCAAGAGAACCUUCCAGCCGAGCAUAACGACUUAUUUUACCUUUGCCGACGACCUUGACAACGACCAAGAAGAUCUGCGGGGUCUAGAUCCGACUACCCGCCCCCGUCAUCACGCCCACCUGCACCACCACCAUAGCAGGGGCUCAACAUCGCAGCGACAGCGACAGAGUCUCGCGCCCACCUUGCCCGGCCAGGUGCAAGCAGACUUGCUCAACGUCGGCAUGCGCGUGCGGAAAGCAGUGCCAGGAGGCUAUAAAACACAAAAGCUCAUGUCCGGCCUGCCAACCAUUACCACGACGCUAGUCCAUAGUCCCACCACUGCGCUCGCCGAUUACGAGGUUAAGCCGUCACGAGAUACCGUCGAAGAUCGCCUCACGCACCAGAGAGAACUGCUACCGUUCUGUGGCCUGAACAAGAUCGCAGGCUACGCCGAGCAACCCACGACCAACCGACACCUAUACGGCGGCGGCCACGACUCUGCCACCCAAGAAUCUACCAACCUCUUCCCCCUCUCUGCCGAAGCCUUCACCCAACCCUUUUCCUCCCAAGGCUCCACCGACUCGGGCUACUCAACCGCCUCGCAACGACUGCCCAAUCCGCUCAAUCCCUCGAAGCGCUCCUGGCACGACGACGAUGAAGUGCGCCCGCUGAAUUCAAACCUCUUCUUCGCGAUGCCAAAGGGAAACCUGGCCGUCGAGGUGGACGAGGUGCCCGUCAGCCCGCUCAGCGAGACACCGCAAAACAUGCUGCCGCAGGUCCGACAGUUUGCGCAGCCGAAAUCUCGCCGGCAGGGCCGGAGGACGGUGUUGUCGGGUGAUGAGGACAUGGACAUGGAGGGGGAGAGUGCAGUCCAUGUGGAGAGGAGGGUGACGGUGGGAAGCGGGAGUGAUUUCGAAGAGGCUGAUUUUUUGCACGAGGUGGAUAUGGGUGGUAUAUGA